AAUCCACACCACGUUUUAUCGGAAGUGGGUUUGUCAAAAAACAGCGCAAGCGCACAUUUGGAAAUUGUGCUCAGCAUUUCGUCGAGAAAAUAACGCAGUUUUGCUAAAAUAAAUAUUUACCUGACAACUGUCCACAUUUAACAACAAACUGUCUAGCUCGAGUCCAUUAAACUAAACCUUCUCACAGAAAUGUCGGACAAUUUUAAUGCGGAGGAGUUCGAAAAAAUCGAUCACGUCCAAGCGGACCAAGAUACGAACAUCACUUCAACUUCGUUCGGUGCCGAACCCGAUGGUGACAUGGCCGAAGAAGACCAGUUUGGAAUGGAUAAUGGCACUAAUGAUGAUGCCAUGUUUACCACGGGUAGCUAUACGAGCUACUCCGACAAUCAAGGGCAUGUUAGCAGCGGUGGUCAGCCUCUGAUCAGCUUUGCUGAAGAUGAGGGGAAUGUUGUUGCAGAAGAGCCAGAAACGGAACCUCUCAAACCCGCAUCUCAGAAAAAGCCUUCAGCACCUACUGAAUGCGGACAAGCUGAAUGCCCUAAGUACACGGGAGGAGUAAUGGGUAUACCGGGUAUGAAGUACCUAAGCUGCUGGAUGAAGAAUGUUGACCCCAGAGACAUGAGUAGCAUGUCUGACCAGCCUGAGCCUUUGACCCUCCAAAAACCCAUCGAGGGGUCGGAAAGUGGAGCCAGUGAAACACAGCCCAAUUACAUCUCGAACAAGGAUUUAACGAGUGAAGAUGAUUCUGACUCUAUUAUAAGUUCAUCAGACAACGAAUAUAGUAGUUCAGCUGAAAGUUCCGAUAUUGAAAGCAGUGAUUCUUCAUGUGAGUCUAGUUUGGAAAUAGAGGUAUCAAAAACAAAGAAGUUAAGUUGUCAUGUAGAUGGUUUGGACUUGCUAAGGAAAGAAACUGAGACUUUGAUGGACCUAAGUAAAGACUCUGCCCAAAUUAGUGAUUCUCAACGUGAAUCUGUUUCAAAUUUAGAAGACAUGGAUGAUAAGCUUGAUUCCGAAGGCGUUGCUAAACAAGGUGUAGAUGACCAUGACAACAUUUGCAGUGACCCUAAAGAUGUGGAUGAUGAGAGUAAAUCAGCCAUGUCCAGUCAAGAGCUUACAGUUGGUAAUGUUGGGAUAAGUGCUCAGGAAAUGAACAGUAUUUUUGAUAAACUUACCAAAGAUGAAGAUAUUGAUAGUGACACAUGUAUGACUGGCGGUAAUGUUGGGAUAAGUUCUCAGGUACUGGACAGUAUUUUCGAUAAACUUACCAAAGAUGAAGAUGUAGAUAUUGACACAAGUAUGGCAGUUGGUAAUGUUGGGAUGAGUGCUCAAGAAAUGGACAGUAUUUUUGAUAAACUUACCAAAGAUGAAGACAUAGAUAAUGACACAAGUAUGGAUCGUGCUGAGAUGCCCCCUUUUUCGAUGAAUCAUAAUGACUUCGGAUCACCUUCAUGGAAACUUGAUGAUGGAAGGAAAGAAGAAAGGAUGGAUGAUCAUGAUAAUGAUGCAAGUUUUUCUUCAAAUGACUCCACAGAUGGCUCAUCAGGGAAUGAAGUAGCACUUACAGAUAGUGAUGUAACAGAUGACGAUGAAGAAAAUGUUGGUCAAUGGAAUCCCUCUCCUGUUUACGAAGAUAAGGAACAUUCACACGAGAUGGAUGACUAUAGAAUUUCUGAAGAUACUUUACCUGGAUAUGAAUUUGUUGAGAAAGAUACAGUUGCUGAAAGCAAAUCUGAUGAUACUGAACUGAAUAAUUUGAGAAGUGAAGUGACAAGCCUUAUCCAUGAUGUUGAGGAAUUGGUACAAGAUAAUAACAACGAAAGAAUAUUUUAUCCAAGCCUCUAUCCUGUACGUAAUAUUUCUGAUGAUGAGCCUGCUGAGAUGUCUGAGAAAAUAGAAGUUAUUCAUGAUACACCUGUGGAAUACUGCAAGUCUGCUCUUAGUGAUCCUGCCAACAAAAGUGCUAUAACAGGGGAAUACUUGCAUGUUUCAUUUCACAAACCCACCAACAUGAUAAUUUAUGAUCCAGAUUCACCAAUUAUUGAAAGGGUUUCGGUAGAGCUUAGUGAGGAGCUGAAUGAUUCAGAAGAUAUUGAUCAGAGACUCAAAGAUGUUGAUGUUGAACUUGAACACAAUAAAAUAGAAAAUAUACCUUAUGCUGAUGAUGACGAAGAAACCGAACAUGUGUCUCUUACUAAUGAAGAUGGGGACAAUUCUGUUGAUUUGGAAAAAGAAGUUGUUCAAGAUUUGAAGGAUGUUUUUGGCAGCUUAACUGCUAAAGGUGAGAUAAGUGUGGCUAAUGAAAUCAAAGAUAUUGUCUUUCAACCAGAUUUUACGGUUGAUGCUAUGAAAGACGUACCUAAGUCUGUUUCAGAAAUCGAAACUGUAACAGAACUGGAAUCUGCAGUUAUGAAUGAAGCAUGUCCUCAGCGAAGUUAUGUCCAAAUACAGUAUUCUAGCAAUGACAGUGAUCAACAUUUGGAGACUGAUGUUUCUGAUGAAUCUGAAGUUGUUUUAAGAAAGAAGCAAAGAACUAAUGAUUAUGAAGUUGGAAACGAAUUUGAUACUUCAGGUUAUAGUGGAGAUCGACAAGAUUCAUUGGUCAUUCAUGAUGAGGAAAUAUUGACUUUGAAAAAUGAAAUGACAGAUAGUUCUGGAAGCAAUGAUUCCAUGGUAAUUCAUGAUGAUGAGAACAUAUCACUUGAAACCAAAAGCACCGGGUCUGCAGAAGUUACUCAAAUAGAAACAGAAAGCAAAAUUUGUAGUGAUGCUUUGAAAGAAACUUUUGAAGAUAUAUCAGAUGUUACCAUGAGAGUUAAAAAGUUCAAUGUUUCUCCUACAAGACAACAUAGGCCUGACAUUGAAUCUAUGAUCAUUCAUGAAAUUGAGCAACCAAAACUGGAUUCUGUUCUUGCAAGCAUUAGUGAUAAGGAUGAAGAUUUAAUUAAUGCAAAUUCUUCGCAAAUCAGUGAGAAGGAUAAACUAUUUUUUUCAUUAAAUUAUCCUUUGAAAUCUGAUAUUAGAGAAGAAGCAUUAGAGCCUGAAUUGGAUAGUAAAGAAAUAUGUGUCAAGGAAGUGAUGGAAUCCAAUGUAAAUAAUAUUGCAGAAUGUUCUACUGCGUAUGGAAAUGUGACAGAUAAUGAUGUGGAAACCAAAGAGAAGCACGUAAAAGAGUUUGAAGAACACGUUUUGAAUGAAACUUCACUUAGUCAACCUGAAUGUUUCAUUAAUGAUAGUGGUGUUGAUAAGUAUAUGGUUGAGCAUGGUAUUGAAGAAGUAAUUUUGGGUAAAGCUAGGGAAGUGCUUGAGUGUGUAAAGGAAGAGGAAAACGAUGGAACUGAAAUGAUGAAUGAUAAACAUAUUGCAGUGCCUACUAAAACAAUAGAAUCAGUACAUAGACAUCGAAAUCCAUUACUCAAGGAAAAAGCAGCUGCGUUAGUCAAAACAGCAAUAGAAGAAGUGCUGCAGCUGAUCUACUGGCGCGAUGUGAAGCGCACGGGGCUCGUGUUCGGUAGCAUGGUGUGUGUGCUGCUGUCGCUGAUGUGCUGCACGAUCCUCAGUGUGCUGGCCUACCUCUCCCUUGCCGUGCUCACUGUCACACUCAGCUUCCGUGUCUACAAGAACGUCAUGCAGGCCGUCCAGAAGACCAACGACGGACACCCGUUCAAGAGCCUGCUGGAGAUGGACCUGGAGGUUAAGGAGGAGAUGGUUGAGUCAGCCGCCAGCAAGAUUGCCGACAAUGUGAACAGUCUGUCCAGGGAGCUGCGCAGGCUAUUCCUUGUGGAGGACUAUGUGGACUCCAUCAAGUUUGCCCUGCUCAUGUGGCUGAUGACCUAUGUGGGAUCCUGGUUCAACGGCAUGACCCUUGUCAUCUUGGCGGUGGUUGCCAUUUUCACCAUUCCCAAGGUGUAUGAGACGUACCAGGGGCCAAUUGAUCAGAAUGUGAACCUAGUCCGCAACCAACUCAACAACAUCAUGGCCCAAGUUUCGUCGAAGAUUCCAUUCCCAAAAGCAAAGGCAAAGACGCAGUAAGCUGUACCAGAAUCACAGUCUUGAUGAAUAAAAAGAGGACAGACUUGGUAUUCAUGGCGUCUGGCGACUUUUCAUACAUCCAUGGUGGAGAUUAUGACAUCAUUACUGAAGCUGAAUAUUUUUGAAUAUGCAUUGUGUAGAAACUGUUGUACAUUUUUGCUAUGGAUUUUUUUGCAUAUGUGCAAUCAUUAUCCGUAUUGCAUGCAAUAUUAUCAAGUAGUCCUAUGGUUUAAAGAGGUGAGAGGAAUCCUUAAGAAAAACUGUUAGGUUACCUUUAUUUCAUACCUUUGUUUAUUCAACAGUUAUCUUUUUCUAUGGCAUUUUUGAAGAAACAUCUCCAGAUAAACAAAAAAACAAUUAAGGCAGCUUAAAAUUGUGAUAAGUCUAUGAGACUAUGGAACAAGCAAAAUUGUGAAAUGAAAACUUUGUUUUGGUAAAAAAUAUAAAGAGUAACAACAAGAUUUUGUAUGAUGGACAUGGAAUAGUUAUCGCACUCAUUAAGAUGGUUUGUAUCAAUGCUUUUGUCAGUUCUCGUCAUUUUGUACAUUGUUGUUUCAUGUACAGUCUGCGUGUGCUAUGUGCGAUCACAUUAUGGGAGGACGGGAGGUCUGGAUUUUUGCUGGAGCUUCGAUAUAUGACAUUGCGUAUUUAUUGCAGAUGCUUCAUUUAUAGACAAUUAGAAUUUUUAUUUAUUAAUUUUGAAGUCAGAUUUCUGUGGUAUUUUCUGAAUUGAUGUCUUUCCAUUUGGUUUGUUAUUUACAGUUACCGUAUACUUGCGCUUUUAAGACGCCCUCACUUAUAAGACGCACCCCGACUUCGGACUUUAUAAUGGGUGGAUUUGAGACUGAGCCGCGUGUAAUACGCGGUCAAAUUUUGCCGUUUUCAUCGGCCGAAAAAUGGCUGGAAAAUGGCAGAAUGUUAAAGAAAAUCAUCAAUUAGUAACACAUUUAGAAUUUUUCAAACUCUCGCUGCAUACAUUAGUAAUUCAUGCAAGUCUGAAAAAUAAAACAAUCAAAUAACAAAGUAAAUAAUAUUUGUUUAUUUUAUGAUAUAUUAGUGGGUUUUAAUUUAUUUUCAAGUAUUAUUCAUGCAAUAAAAAUAAUUAUCAAAUUAACAAAAUUUCUAACAAUUGCGUAUUUAAUCAUUUGCCCUAACAAUUGCAAACAUAUUACGUUCGUAAUAUCAAUGCACAAGCAAAAUUGAUCGUAUCAGUCAUCUUAAUCUUACUGUUUGACAGGUAUUGAAAACUAAUAGGCAGAUAUUUUGAAAGCGUUUAGUUUUAUAACACAGAUUAUGCAAAUUUCACGCCCAUUGUCUAUCAACAAUAAGUAACGCCUACUUUAAUAAAAUUAGCCGAUCGCGUGAUAGAGUGAUAGACUCCGAAGCGCAAAUCGAAAUCAUGUGUCAAGAAGAAAGCCAUAUACAGAUAAUUGAAUGCGGUCGCUCUUUGCUCCCGUCGUCGUUGGCCCCUACUAAAUAAGGUGUCAUCGGCAUUAGGGGGUUGUCUGAAUAAACGUGUUUAUUUAACAAUUGACAGUUGCAAACUGGUAACUUAUUUCAGAGGAUACCCUAAUUGCCAAUUAUGUCUUAAUUGACAAUUAACGACAUGGAACAAAGACGAUCAUGUGAUACAAACUUGUCAAGUAGCAUUUGUAAUCUGCAGCGUGUUUAUUUAACUAUUGACAGUUUCAAACUGAGAAUUGAUUUUGCUGUUGUUUUAAGCAUGUUGGUAUCAUGUCGCCGCUAACACACGUAUACUAUAAUGGCCAAUUUAUAUGACAUUUAACGACGUCCCGCGCAGACAAUCAGGUGAUACAAACAUAUAAGAAUAAUCACGGACAAUAUAACGUCUGACGCCCCAAAAAUAACAAAAUUCGAAUUAAAAAUAAUAGACAACAAAAUCAGUAACAAAACAUUUUAUUACAAAUAAAUUGGUAACUGAACAUAGCGUUCCGAUACACGGUACGGGCCAAUACAGACUUUAGAGAAAAUGCAAAUGGCUGCUGCGAUGAUUCAAAAACAACUGACAAGUGUCCAACUUGGCUAGCAUAAGCCCAGUAAACUCGAUAUUUUGAAAAAAUUUGGUUUAUUUUCACCAGUAUCUCGCUUAUAAGACGCGACCCCAACUGUAACUUAUUAAUUUGAGUCUUAAAAAUGCGUCUUCCAAACGAAAGUAUACGGUAAUGUAGCAAUGCAAGAACAUGUAUGUUCAUCACAUUGAUUGUGUUUUUUUGUUAUUUCUUUUGAUUCAUGAUAAAAUGUAGCUAUUUAUAAUUGAAUGGGACUUAUAUAUUCUGAACAAUUUUUUUUGGUGCAUGAAAAGAUAUAGCAAUGUUUUGUUUUACUGUUUUUUGUAUAGUAAUAUACACAUUUGAGUUAUUUCUAGUGCUGUUUCUAUGUUUGAAUGAUUAUAGAUGUUAUGAGAGCUUUCAUGAUCUCAUUGCAAAGCUUCCUUCUUCUAUUUGUUUUCAAAAUAACAUAACGUACAUGUAUAUUCUUUACCUAAAGAAAAAAGUUGUUGGUUUGUUUGAAAAUUUAAAAUGAGCAUUCAACAGUCCAUUUUCAUAUGAAAUUUAAAAAAAUGUGUAAACUUGUUUGAAAAAUUAUUAUAUUAAAAGGGGAUUUGAGAGGUUGAAACAAUAUUCUUAAAACAUUUUAAUCAAGAUUAGUGAAAGCCAAAAACAAUAGUGGCUUUGUAUACAAGGUUUCAGAAAUGCAUUCAAUCCAUUUGUUUUCUUAUAAAAUAUGCACUCGUCUGUGAUGCAAGUGCAUUUAAAACAUACUCUAUCCUUUGCUAAAGUCCCAUUUUGUUUGUUUCUUAUUCAUUUGUAUAAAAACUAAAAAGAUCUUUAUUUUGUUCAGUAUUUUCGAGUGAAAAAAUUCAAUCUACAUUGUAUUGCUUAAAUCAAAAGGAGAGCCAUAGUGAGUUAAGUAAUGUUUAGCAAUUUGAAUACAUCUUAGUCAGUAUUUAUAAAUCAAUUCUUAGACUUAACUCUUUCAGUGCUGGAACCAAAUUUUUGAAGGUCUUUGCAAACAGUUUUGAUCCAGAUGUGACGCCACAGAACGUGGCGUCUCAUCAGGAUCCAAACUGUUUGCUAUUCUGAUAGUAUUCUUUGAAAAAAAAUGAAGAAAAUGCUAAUUUUAGAAAUUCAGCAGACGACAUUUUAGCAGACGACAAAUUUCCCAGCAUGCAAAGGGUUAAAUAUGUCUGAAAUAAGAUUGUAAGCCUAUUGUUCUAAACAUAGAGUCCGUCUGGUCUGCCCAGCUUUUUUCUUGUGCCUAUUAAAGUCAUUGUAUCAAUACUUAUAUAUUUGCAUGGUGCAUUAUUCAAUUUCAAUAUAUAUUGUACGGUGUUGUUCAAUUUCACGUAUGAAUAGCUUACUUAUAGUGGGACAAAAACUGUUCUUUGUUCAUUUUUUGAAGCAAUAAUUUAUAUAUUUGUUUACUCUGUAAAGUGUUUUCAAGAAAUGUUUGCAAUUUUGACAUUAUUUACCCUAUGCUUGCCUUUAUGUCUUUAUGUAGUUCAAUAAUAUGCCUUUUUGAAAAUUACUAGAGACAAUAUCCUUGAAAAACUCUGCAUUCCAUUUGAAGACCUUAUUGACUGCAAAAUAUAUCCCAACUGUAUUUUCGCAGACAAAAUAAAUCAUACAUUAAGCAGUAAAACAUUAAGAUAUAAGCUAAUAGCAUUUAUACGCUGCUAAAAGUGUCUAAGUAGAUACUUUCUAUGAAUUCCCAAUGUGUUCUUUUAUUUCCAACUUCCAUUGAGAUUAUAUUAUGUUUAGGUGCAGUUUCAAUUAUAAUCUAGCAUCCUAGAUAUGUAUUUUCAUAGAGCUACUGUAAGCAAGUUGUAACCCUGACAAAGUGGUACCAUAAUCAACAUUGUUCUUGUUAUUGGUCAAACAUUUUUUUUGCAACCAAUGUCUUGUGUACCACAUGUUGUGUGUUUCCUAUCAUAGAUUUAUGUACGCCUUCACACUCUCUUCGAAGCAAAGUAUUGUUUUUUGUAACUACUUUUUGUGUCAUUAAAAAUAUUUCCUGUUCAAA